AUAUUCGUAUUCGAGCAAAAAGUCAAGGCAUGGCUUUAUCAAUGGGUGACAAGAUCAAUAUGACACAAAAAACUGGUUUUAAAAGUGUUUCAUUAACACAAAAAUAA